AUUCUUAGCUCACCUUCCAAACCUUCACCACCCCUUACCCCUUUUCAUCUUCUCCAAUUUUCUUUGGCGUCCCUUUUGUUAUUCUCUAAUUUUUUUUCCUUGUGUUUCUCUUCCUCAAAGUUUUACGGAGGCGGAUUGUGGAAUCUAUGACUCUAGGGUGGCGCUGGAAACACAGGGCAGCAGCCAUUAACGAUACGGCAGAGAUGUCGAUGGAAAACGCCACGUCACCGACGCCUCUGACCUCCAUAGUCGAGGCCUUUGAUAAGCUGGCCAAGAUUCUCGAGUCCCAACAACAAGAAGGUGAUUUGCAUUUGGAUACGUUCUGCCAGGCUUGCUCUUUAGUCUCCAUCCUCUUCAGCUGCCUCGGCCUCGCUUUCAAGUUCGCCGAGAUGGAGUACGUCUCAAAGGUUGAGACUCUCUUGCAAGCAGCAAAGACUUGCGACACUUUAGAAAACAUACUUGAUUUUGAUGUUGCAAAUGACACUGUCAAAUCGCCAGGCAGCCGCUCACGCAACUUACGCCGAGUUAGGCAGGGUCUUGACCUCAUCAGAGCUAUAUUUGAAAACUUUUUGGCCACAAAUGAUGACUCCUUAAAGGAGGCAGCUUCAACAGCUUAUGCCCAAGUUUGUGCCCCAUAUCACACUUGGGCAGUCAGGACGGCAGUAGCUGCUGGGAUGUAUGCUCUUCCGUCAAGGGAUCAACUUCUGAUAAAUCUCAAAGAAACUCAUCAAUCGGCAGAGAUAAAAAUGAAACAGUACAUCCGUGCCGCACUUCCGGUUAUCCACUACAUUGACAACCUGUACCUUUCCAGGAAUAUCGUUUUGGACUGGUGACUUUAGAGUAUUCAUCUAGUAGGUGUUGUAUAUGGUGGAUCUUCCCGCCACACAGAAGCCUGUUCUACUGAUAAGAAAAGGGUGGUACCAGUUGAGAUUUGUGCAGCUCUGUCUAGUUCUUGAGGAGUAUUUUCGUGUAGUAGGUAUAGAAUUUUGUCCUGGCUUUUGCUAAGCGAUGCUAUAUUCUCCAGAACAAAAGAGGAUCUGUACAUAAAUGUUGUUAUUGUGCCACUGAUACGAUUAAGUAGGGGGUUAUUCUUCAG